CAAAAAAAAAUCAAAUGCUCCUUCAGUCCACAAAGCUCAAACUCACCCAACUCUUUAUCCUCUACAAAACAAACACACCCAAUACCAAAAUCAAAACCCAAACUCUUCCACUCAUCCUCUCUUUCUCAAGAACCCUCACCACCGCCACCAAUGAAUCGCCUAAUAAAAACGACGCCGUCUCAAACAACGACCAGUACUUCGCCGCAAUCCACCACGUCUCAAACAUCGUCCGCCGCGACUUCUACCUUGAGCGAACCCUCAACAAGCUCUCCCUCCGCGUCACCUCCGAGCUCGUCUUCCGCGUCCUCCGCGCCUGCUCCUCCUCCGCCACCGAGUCCCACCGCUUCUUCAACUGGGCCUUAACUCAGCCCAACUACCACCCCACCUCUCUCGAGUUCGAAGAACUCAUCAAAUCCCUCGCUCGCGCUCGCAAGUUCCAAACCAUGUGGGACCUCGUCCACCGCUUCAACAAAUCCCAAUCCCACUCCUUCUCCCUCUCCCCCGAAACGGUGUCGUACUUGAUCGAACAGUACGGCAAGCACGGCCUCAUAGACCAAGCCGUCGAGAUCUUCAACAAAUCACACAAAACCCUAAACUGUCCACAAACUAUUGAAAUCCACAACUCCCUUCUCUUCUCUCUCUGCGAAGCGAAGCUCUUCCAUGCCGCCUACGCCUUAAUCCGCCGCAUGGUUCGGAAAAACCUCGCCCCGAACAAGCGAACCUACGCCGUCCUCGUCAAUGCCUGGUGCUCCGCCGGGAAAUUGAGAGAAGCGCAAGACUUUCUCGAGGAAAUGAGCCGAAAAGGCCUCAAUCCGCCGGUCCGCGGCCGCGAUCUCCUCAUGGAAGGCCUGUUAAACGCCGGCCAUCUCGAGGCAGCCAAGGAUAUGGCGAGAAAGAUGGCGAAACAGGGCUUCGUGCCCGACCUCGAAACCUUUAAUUCGUUAAUCGAAUCAAUCUCCAAGUCUAACGACGAAGAGGUCGAAUUUUGCGUUAGUCUUUUCAAUUCAGUGUGUAAAUUAGGCCUUUCACCGGAUAUUAAUACGUAUAAGAUUUUGAUUCCGGCGGUGUCGAAGGCGGGGAUGGUGGAUGAGGCGUUUAGGUUGCUGAAUGAUUCGAUUGAGAAAGGGCAUAAGCCGUUUCCGAGCUUGUAUGCGCCUUUGAUAAAGGCAAUGUGUAGGAGGGGACAGUUUGAUGAUGCGUUUUGUUUCUUUAGCGAGAUGAAGGUGAAGGGGCACGCCCCGAAUAGGCCGGUGUAUACCAUGUUGAUAACAAUGUGUGGGAGGGGAGGGAAGUUUGUGGAGGCAGCUAAUUAUUUGGUGGAAAUGACUGAGUUUGGUUUGACGCCGAUUUCGCGGUGUUUUGAUAUGGUUACUGAUGGGUUGAAGAAUUGUGGGAAGCAUGAUCUUGCUCGGAGGAUCGAGCAGUUGGAAGUUAAUAUUCGGGGCAUCUGAUGUACAUGUAUUAUUGAUUCUAGGCUUGGCUUAGUGCUUAUUGAUUCAGUAGAUGUUAGUUUGAUAAAUUCUUUUUUUUUAAAGCUAUUUGCAUACAUGAAUGGUGGUUGAAUAUUCAGUGUUUA